UUAACCCUUCCCACUAUGGAAUCUCCACCAAUGGGACAUUUCCAUGGAUCAAGUGUCACUAUAACAGAAAGACUUUUUCAUGCGUGCAUGUUUGCUGAACUUUACAGCCAGUCUCCACCAACAGGGAGCUCACUUCCUUCAGCUUUCUGAGUCUCAAAGUCCACUUUCACCAUGUCAGACACAGAGGACAUUGAGCAGCAUUUCGAGGAAGAGAAGCCAAAGUUCAAGCCAACAGCCCCUAAAAUCCCAGAUGGUGAGAAAGUGGACUUUGAUGAUAUUCAGAAAAAACGUCACAACAAGGAUACACUUGAGCUGCAGUGCCUCAUUGAUGCUCACUUUGAGCACAGGCAGAAGGAGGAGGAGGAACUCAUCGCUCUCCGGGAGAGAAUUGAAAAGCGCAGAUCUGAGAGGGCGGAGCAGCAGAGGAUUCGAACUGAGAAGGAUAAGGAGCGUCAUGCGAGACGUGAGGAGGAGAGGUUGAGAAAGGAGGAGGCAGAUGCUAAGAAGAAGGCAGAGGAAGAUGCCAAGAAAAAAUCAGCUCUGUCCGGUAUGGGCUCCAACUACAGCAGCUAUCUGCAGAAGGCUGACUCUAAGAAAGGUGGCAAGAAACAGACAGAAAGAGAAAAGAAGAAAAAGAUCCUGGCUGAGAGACGCAAACCCCUCAACAUUGACCAUCUCAAUGAAGACAAACUGAGGGACAAAGCACAAGAGCUGUACGAGUGGAUCAAGACUCUGGAAUCUGAGAAAUUUGAACACAUAGAGAGGCUGAAGAGACAGAAGUAUGAGGUUACUACACUGCGCAGGAGAGUUGAGGAGCUCAGCAAAUUCAGCAAGAAGGGCGCCGCCGCUCGUCGCAGAAAGUAAGUGCAUCGCCCCGCAGACCAAGACCACCAGAGUGAUGAAAGAUACCCGCAAACCGUUGAUCAACCUACUCUCCCUCAUCUUCAACUAGUUCCUUUAUAUGCCAUGUAAAUAAAGCGUGAAAACCUUACGAUCAUUAACCAUGGUUUUAUUAUUGUAAGAUUUAUAAUAGAAUUGACGGACUGAUGUGUUUGCUAAACUACAAUGGCUAAAGUGUGACAGAAUUUUAAUUUGUGGUUACCAGUUUAAAAACCAUAGUUCUCAUUAGGGACUUUUGUUCAUACCACAACGCCAAUAAAGGUUUUGUUUUUUGUUUUUA